AUGAAAUCUAAAUACAUAUAUAAAAGUCAUAUCAUAAAUCUAUUAUAUAUUCUAUUUUGUUAUAUAUCUAUUAUAUCAAAAAUAUCUAUACAUAUAUUCAUAUAUCCAUCAUAUCUUCAUUAUCUAUCAUAUAUAUAUAUCAUAUAUUCAUCUAUCUAUUCAGGAAUAUAUUCAUUCAUCUAUCUAUCUAUCCAUAUUAUUCAUAAGGUUAUCUAUCUAUCCAUUAAUUAUUCAUCUCAUCUAUCUAUUCAUCUAUAUAAAUCUAUUUAUCAUCUAUAUAUAUUAUGUUAUCUAUCUAUCUAUCCAUUCAUCUAUCUAUUCAUAUAUCUAUCUAUGAAUUAUUAUCUAUGUUAUAUUCAAUUAUCUAUCUAUUCAUCUAUCUAUUAUCUAUCUAUCUAUCUAUUCAUCUAUUCAUCUAUCUAUCUAUUAUCUAUCUAUUCAUCUCAUCAUAUCUAUCUAUCAUCAUAUCUAUCUAUCUAUUAUCUAUCUAUCUAUCUAUCUAUCUAUCAUAUUCAUCUAUCUAUCUAUCUAUCUCAUCUAUCAUAUCUACAUUCAUUCAUCUAUCUAUCUAUCUAUCUAUCUAUCUAUCUAUCUAUCUAUCUAUUCAUCUAUCUCAUCUAUCUAUCUAUCUAUCAUCUAUUAUCUAUCUAUCAUAUUCAUUCAUUCAUCUAUCUAUCUAUCUAUCUAUAUAUCUAUCAUCUGUUCACAUCUAUCUAUCCCAGUCAUCUAUCCAUUCAUCUCAUCUAUCCAUCCCAUAUCAUCUAUCAUAUCUAUCCAUCUAUCUAUCCAUCUAUCUAUCUAUCUAUCCAUAUAUCUAUCCAUAUAUCUAUCUCAUCCAUCCAUCCAUCCAUCCAUCUAUCUAUCAUCUAUCCAUCAUAUCCAUGUAUCUAUCUAUCAUCACAGUAUCUAUCUUUCAUAUCAUCAUCUAUCCAUCCAUCCAUCUAUCUAUCUAUCCAUCUAUCUAUCACAUCCAUCUAUCUAUCAUCUAUCUAUCUCAGUCUUUUCAUAUAUAUCUAUCUAUUUAUCUAUCUAUCAUUUCUUUUUCAUCAUCAUAUCCAUCUAUCUAUCUAUCUCAGUCUUUUCAUAUCAUUAUCUAUCCAUUCAUCUAUCACAGUCUGUUCAUAUUCAUUCAUUAUCUAUCUCAGUCUUUUCAUAUCUAUCUAUCUAUCUAUCUAUCUAUUUCAUUCUGUUGAUAUUUAUAUGUCUAUCUUCAGUCUUUUCAUAUCUAUAUAUAUUCUAUCUAUCUAUCUAUCUAUCUAUCUAUCUAUCUAUAUCUAUCUAUUUAUAUAUAAAUUUUUCAUAUCUAUCUAUCUAUCUAUAUAUAUCUAUCUCAUCUUUCUAUAUCAUCUAUUAUCUAUCUAUCUAUCUAUCUAUCUAUCAUUAUCUAUCUAUCUAUCUAUUCUAUCUAUCUAUCUAUAUAUCUAUCUAUCUAUCUAUCUAUCUAUCUAUCUAUCUAUCCUAGUCUUCUUUCAUAUCUAUUAUCUAUCUAUCUAUCUAUCUAUCUAUCUAUCUAUCUAUCUAUCUAUCUAUCUAUCUAUUGAAUCUAUCAUAUCUAUCUAUCCAUCUAUCUAUCUAUCUAUCUAUCCCAGUCUGUUCAUAUAUCUAUUCAUCUAUCUAUCUAUCUAUCUAUCUAUCUAUCUAUCUAUCUAUCUUAAUUUGUUAAUAUCAAUCCAUGCAACCAUAUUGUGUCAAUUGGAUGCGAUUAAUUACAACAAUAUCAUUUACCUCCGACUGCCCACCCUAACCUUUCUUUCUUUCUUUCUUUCUUUCUUUCCCAUAUCUGUUUCUCUUUUUCUUUCUUUUCUUUAUAAAAAUGUUUUUUCUUUUAUGAGGCCUUCCUUUCUUUCUUUCUUUUCGCUAUUUACAAUCUCCUUCUUUCUUUCUUUCUUUCUUUCUUUCUUUCUUUCUUUUCUCUAUUUGCAUUCAUCUAUUCCGUUCUUUCUUUCUUUCGUUCUUUACAUUUGUCUGAACUUUAUCUCCGUUAAACUUUCUUUACUGCUUUCGUUCUUUCCUUCCUUCCUUCCUUCCUUCUUUCUUUCUUUUCCUUUCCAUUUCUUUAUAUUUUUCUCCUUAUUUCCAUUUCACGGAAGCAGACGUGAGAACGAUUUCUUUCUUUCUUUCUUUCUUUCUUUUCUUUCUUUCUUUCUUUCUUUCUUAUAA